AAAGCUACAAUGUUGACCUUAGUCAAAAUUCUGUUGAUACCAACUUUGUUUAGCUCACUACUGUUGGGAAGCUUUGGAAAAGAAAAUUCAGAAACAAGCAUACCACAAAACAACACAGAAGUCUUACAAACAAUGAGAAAUGAAACUGUGUCUUUGGAAAAUGAAGAAAAAUCAGACAAAGAAAGUGGAGAAACUUCCAAUCCCAAGACAAGCAAUUCCUCUGCUUUAGAUCCAUUAAACAAAAUCCAAACAAAGACAACUUUCUCCAGUGACUGGUCAACAGACAACUCUUCUGAUAGCAUAACACCUCAAUCUACAAUUUCCACAAGCCCUCCCUUGGUCCACAGCUUUGUUUCUAAUAUGCCUUGGAACUCAUCUGUUGAAGAAGAACAUUCUUUCCCAGUCUUAGUACCUUCCAAUGCUACACUACCUGCUAUACCUUCAUCUUUGAAUACUUUGACCAAUGAUACCAUAGAUGCUUCUGACAACAGUUCCAUGACAGUUACUAUUCUGCCUCCAGCACCAACUACCAUCUCUGUGACCCCCUUGCAAAUGGAACCAACUACAUGGCUUACCACAACCAGUGAUAGUUUGGAUGGGUUUACCCCCUAUCAAGAAAUAACAACUCCACAGCCCACUCUAAAAUUUACCAAUAGCUCAAAAAUCUUUCCAAAUACUGCAGACCCCCAAGAAGAGAAUAGAAAUACAGGAGUAGUAUUUGGGGCCAUUUUAGGUGCUAUUCUGGGUGCUUCAUUGCUUAGUCUUGUUGGCUACUUGUUGUGUGGGAAAAGGAAAACAGAUUCAUUUUCCCAUCGGCGACUUUACGACGACAGAAACGAACCAGUUCUUCGAUUAGACAAUGCACCGGAACCUUAUGAUAUGAGUUUUGGGAAUUCUAAUUACUAUAACCCUACUGGGAUUGAUUCAUCUAUGCCAGAAGGCCGAGAGCAUGCACAUGAUGGCAUUCCUAUGGAUGACAUACCUCCACUUCGUACCUCAGUAUAA